GGCCCGGGGGCGUGGCGGCUCCUGCCGCUGCUUCCGGCUUGGCGGGCGGCAGCGCUGUCUUCGCCGGGGGCUGUAGCCGGGCAGUCAGGCCCAUUUGAAAGGCUUUUCUCAUUUUCCUCUUCUAAUGCCAUGUCUCCUAAGCCGCCCUGAGCUUCCUUUGUGGGGGGCGACCUGCCCCCCUGUGUCGGGGGAAAACUGACCUGUUUCGGGGGAAGACUUGCUAGUCAGCCCAGCUAAUGAUGGCCGCAUCCGCAGAAGACUUAAGGCUAGGUUUUUAGAUGGGUCUUUUCCAGUCUUAAUUGCUGUGCCUGGUGCACAGGUGAUGUGGGUGAGGGCUCAGCGGAGGUGCCUGGGAGAUGAAUGGGGACCCUGCUCUGAAUUGAACCAGGAGCUUGGUCCUCCCAGCACCACUUACCUUGUUUAAAACUGAGAGGUAAACUCGGAGGGAGGGAUGUGAUUUAGAAAUGUGUGUAUGCCUCUAGUUGCGGCUAGCGGAGUAAUAGCUGUUAUGGAUGCAGCUGAUUGGGGAAAGUUUCAAAAGACCACAACAAUAUAAAUGGAAUAAAGAUGCUUCAGGAGUGAGUGAAGGAUAAAAAACCAAAAAUCUCUGUUUUAUAAAGGUUCAUUUGAUUUUACAGCUCAGCACUAAGGAUUGUCACCUUUGAAAUUGCAGUGGUGCCCCAUCUUUCCUGCUUGCAGGCAGGGUGAGUGGGGCCAGGUCCAUCCGCUGGCCAGAUCAGGUCAGUGGGCCCAGUACAGCCAACUGGGUAUAUUAGGCCCUGUCCAAACCAUAUCUAUGCACCUGGGUAGGGCCCCCCGGCUCAACCCAGCUGCAUGUAAACAGGGCCCAAUCCCUCAGCAUGGGACCAGUCUGGCCCGGGCUGAUGCAGCCAGGGAGCAGUGCUGGUGUUAAUUGAUGCCACUCCCUACUGCUAAAUUUCUGGACCCAUAGGGAGACCUUUGGACUAGAUUAAAUAGCUCUGCAGGCCAGGGAUUGAGGGUGUCUAGAUGGAAUUAAGUUCAAACUGAAGCCAUUAUACUUGAAGUUUGGAAGAGAUUUAUUUUUAUAUUCGAUACAAAUUAUCUGUUUAUGCAUAAAGUACAUGCUGAACACAACUGGACAGGUCUCUUGUACCCAGUGAAUUGUGAACAGUGCUGCUUCCUUUAAGGAAAGGUUGGGUGUGUUCUCUCUCGCUUUGUUGGCAGAGAUUGAAAUGCAGAUAUGCAUUUAUUUAUUAGAAGCAUCCUGUGAACAAAGUCAAAAUAUUUGCUGCUUCUGUUUCAGUUGUUUGUUUAAUGUUAAUUCUAGUUCCUGGAAUUUGUCUUCCAUACCUAGCAGCUAAUUUUAUGGGAGAUGGUGUAAAUUUUUGUAGUCUCUUUUUAUGCACAACAGACGUUUUCUGCAAUCCUGAACAUUCUGGUAAAAAGCAGUGGUGCUCUGCUACUUCAUCUGAACAUCUUAUUCCUUUCAGAAUAGAAAUACACAUUUCUGAGGGAACUGCUGUUGAAGUUGACAAUGAGCGAGGUGCUCACUUUACAGGAAAAGCAAGAGGAUGAGGAGGCAGAGGAAAGUGAAGAUGACAUGACAUGUGGAGACUUGGGAAAUGGACUUGGAAGAAGACCUGGUGGUGUCUAUGAAACAGAGUCUAAUUCUGAAGUGCCAAAUGAAGAAUUAAAGCAGCACCUUCGAGACGCUUUAGAGGAGAUAGAGAUCUUAAAAGUUGAGCUGGAAACAUCACAAAGACAACUUGAAGGAAAAGGUGAAGCAUUAAGAAUUCUACAAAAUAUGGCUGUGUUUAAUAAAGCCACUAGUCAUACAAAGGCAAUGCUUCAAAAAGCUGAGGAAAAAAAGAGAACUUUAGAAAAGGAAAUAAAUGCUUUGCAAUGGGAGAUUGAAUAUGAUCAGGAUCGAUUUAAAAACAUAGAAGAGACAUGGACAGAAAAAUAUGAUAGGAUAUAUUGUGAAAAUGCAGCUCUUAAGGAAACUUUGAAACUGAGAACAGAUGAAGUUAAAAUUCUUAAAUCUGAAAAUACAAUUCUGAGUCAGCAGCACUUGGAAUUUCUUGCAAUGCUUGAUGUGAAACAACAGAAGGUUGUUCAGGAAAACAUGUCUUUUAAUAAAACUGGAUUUACAGACAUUACGGGUCUUGAAUUGGCAGUUCUUGGAGCCUGCACCUGUAAUCCUUCUGGAGAGCCCUGUUCCUGUGCCAAAAUGUCAGCUGUAACUCGAAAGCAGCUCCUGCAGCUUAAACAAGAGACUGAACAUCUGAAGAAAAGUAAAGAUGAAGCUUACAUAAUGGCAGAUGCCUUCAGGAUUGCAUUUGAGCAGCAAUUAAUGCAGAGGAAGGACCAGGCUCUGAGGUUCACACAAGUGAAUAAGCUCCGUAAAAAAGAAACAAAAUUUAUAAACUGGAAACGUCUAAAAGAGGAUGGACACAUCACUUCACAAGGGAACAAGAAAAGUCUGGGACAAAAAUUAGCAGGCAUGCUCAUUUCUGAUGCAGACUGUAGGACAAUAGAAGAAUUGCAUAAUCCUCAUGAAGCACUUCGGGUGUUAGUAGAUUUGCUGAAUGAUAAAGAGGAAGCUUUGGCUCAUCAGAGGAAGGUUAGUUACAUGCUGGCCCGUGCAAAGGAAUUAAAAGAGGAAACUUCAAAGCAAAGUAAAGAAAAUAAUCUUUCAGGAGAGAGCAUAACUCAGAAGAACUGUCAAUACAGCACCACAGAAUCCCAAGAAUCAUCUCAUUGUGCAAAUUCUUGUUGCCAAAAUCCCGGUUCUCAGAACAGCACUUGCUCAACUUACAAUACAAAAGUAUUAAAAAAUUCAUUGAGAUCACUUAGAAAAUCAUAUUCCUGGCCCCCUGGGACCAUGCAUUGUAAAGAAAAUGAUGCACAUGAAAUAGGUAGAACUACAGAUGUCGACUCUACAUCUUAAAUACACUUGGAAUUUAAAAAGUAAAAGAAGAAAAAUGUUUGGUAAUGCCAAGGGAUAAGGAAACCUGCAGAAGCUGGAUGUUAUCCAGGAAGUGCCAAACAUGUAAAUGUUAUAUUUGUAAUCAAAAUCCCAGGAAAAUCUGUUUUAUAAGCUACAUAUAUGCAAUUAUUUCAAUGCUCAGGUUAAAGAAGUACGCUGCUUUAAAGUUUUAAAGCUCUUCUGAUGCUGUUUUCAUACUGUAUAACGCUAUAGAUUGUCUGUGGCCUCUGUCCCUGUUAAAAUGAAAGGUCAGGAUCAGACAUUUAUGGCACACUUGGUCUAUGAAUUAAUGGAAGUUGUUGUUUUUACCCUUUUUCAUUCUUAAUCGUGUGUUAUAUAUGCUAAGAAGUUAGACAUUUUGAUUCUUUCCCAAUCCUGAUAUAUAUUGUCAAUACAGAACUAGAAAAUCCCAAGAGUCAACUGAUUUUGUGCAUUUGUGUUGCCAAAAUCCUGGUCCAACACAGUGACUCCAAAAUGUGUGGAAAAUCAAGAGCCACAUCGUGUUAUAUCUGCUAAUGUCAGUUAAUGAACUAUAAUAGUACAUGUAUUUCAGAAUACUAUAUGUAAAACACAGCUCCUCUGGAAAGAGGUUUUCAGAUUUGAAAUUCCAGUAUAUAGCUUUGUAGUUUCAGAGAUUGUGUUGUAUUAUGAGUGAGUUAAACACAUAGUUACAUUAUGAGAGAUUAAUUUCCUGAGCCUGUAGUUAAACAGGAACUUUUUACACACAGUCUAAAAGCUGCUUUAAAAUUAGACUUCCUGGAAAAUAACCUUCCAAUUCCCAACUGAUUUUUCUCAUUGACUGAAAAACCCCAAAACAUUUAAUUGUUUACUCCUAAUAUUUAGUAUAUUUAUAAUGCCUUUGGAUGUUAUGAAUCCUUGAUGCAUUUAUAAAUAUGGAAUGAAUAGUAGUUUCUGCUAAAGGGAAGCUCAGGAUUAGUAUUUAAUGGUGCUGGAAGACCAGUGUGAAAACCAAAUGUGUUUCCUUGAAGUCUUAAGAAUUCUGCUGUUAAUUAGAAGUGUGAUUUAGGCCUAACUAUAUUAAGAACCUGACCAAAUUCAAGCACAAUGGGGUAGUAUAGCUGGGGACCAACUUAAUAUCUGUUAAAUCCAAAACAUGCUUAAGGUUCUCUUUUAGUGAAACAUACUUAAUAGUUUAUUGCAGCCCCUUAGAAAAGUUAACAUACCUGUGGAAGACACCUGUGCGUGUACUAUUGUUGGCUCGUGCUGUUAAACAUUGUUUUGGAGACACUGAAUUUCGUCACAAAUGAGAUGAUGUUGCUGGACCCUAUCCUAUUCCCCUCGAAGUCAGUGGUACAGCAUGGCCCUACACUUUGAUUAGGAGCUCUGGGUACUACCACCUUACAAGCAACAAAUAAUAUAGCUUAAUCAGGAACUUCUUGCCAGUCAUCAGGUUAGCAUCUGAUGAACUAGGUUGGUGCCCAUGAAAGUUCAUGCCUUUCUGAACUAGUUACUCUUUAAGAUGUCCCCUGCCUGACUUCAGACUAACACAGCUAACCAAAUCUCUGUUCAGAAGCUUAUAAUAAUUGUUUGAAACCAAGGUACUAUUGAUAUUUUUUAUAAAUUGAACUUAAAUUAUUUAAAAUGUUUAUUUCUGUUAGACUACGUAUAUUUCCAGACUUGUGAAAUCCUAUUUGGCAAUACAGUUUUAUGUAUCUGUGACUAUGCUAAGCAGCUCUUUUAUUCCAGUUCUAUAAUAAAUUCCAGUAAACUUUGGUAAUCCUUAAGGACAGAUUCCCAUGACACAAACAUCUUAAAUUAUACAAUUUCUUGUUAGAUCAGUCUGGUGAAAUGAUUUCUUCUCAACUUCAUAUUGUUGCUAGUCAAAACAUGGAAGGCAGCAUCCAUCUUUCUUAGUUUUUUGUAUUUGUUUCAGCAUCUUAAUGGUUAUUACAUAUAAUUGUGAACUUUACCAAAAAAAUCUUAUUUUUAGUUUUGAAAAUGAAAUUCUUUGUUAAACCAGACUGCUACUGUUGUAGCAGGAUGAGCAAUAUAUGCAUGUGUGAGAGAGUGUCCUUGCACAGUAGUGGCCUACAUUUCAAAGGUAUUAUGUGGACAUCAGUGGAAGAUUGAGUUGCUCAGUACCUCCUAAAGCGGGGUUAUAAAAUGUUUUAAGUUUUAUUUUGAGCUUUGUUCAUUUUUUUUUGGUCUUUUUUUUGAAUGGCCAGUUUAUCAACUCAAAUUUUUUUGCACCCACUUUCCCCAACUUUUGAUUCUGUACUGUCAGAUUAUGUUCUCUGACUGCCCCUUCCCUCCAACUAAUGUGUUCCUAAAAAUGGUUCCAGGAAUACAUGCAUCCAUCAUUAGCAUAAUAAGAACAAUCUGCUAAUGACAGUCCAUUAGUUAUACAAAACUUUGAACAGUAGGUUUC